CAGAAGACGUCGGCGCCGGAGCGGGCUCGGACAUGGCGAGGCAGCGUGCCGGCCCGAGCGGCGGGGCCCGGUGAUCCUUCCCUCCCUUCCCAUCCCCUCCCCUCUCCCGCACGCACUCCCCGCAGCCCCCACCCCGCCCCCACCCCGGGCGAGCCCGCAGCCCGGGGAGCACACCCUCACGCACGUUCCCCCUCCGCACACUCGCGUACUCCCGCGCCGGCCCCCGCUCCAGCGGCCGAACCCAGCCACGCGCGCUUUGCCAGCCAGCCGGCCGCCCCCGCCGACCCCGCCGCCCCCGGGCCCCGAUGGACUGAAUGAAGGCUGCCUACACCGCCUAUCGAUGCCUCACCAAAGACCUAGAAGGCUGCGCCAUGAACCUGGAGCUGACAAUGGAAAGUCUGGGCACUUUGCACGGGCCGGCCGGCGGCGGCAGCGGCGGGGGCGGCGGCGGGGGCGGCGGGGGAGGCGGCGGGGGUCCGGGCCAUGAACAAGAGCUGCUGGCCAGCCCCAGCCCCCACCACGCUGGCCGCGGCGCCGCCGGCUCUCUGCGGGGCCCGCCGCCGCCAACAGCGCACCAGGAGCUGGGCACGGCGGCAGCGGCGGCGGCGGCGGCGGCGUCGCGCUCGGCCAUGGUCACCAGCAUGGCCUCGAUCCUGGACGGCGGCGACUACCGGCCCGAGCUCUCCAUCCCGUUGCACCACGCCAUGAGUAUGUCCUGCGACUCGUCCCCGCCCGGCAUGGGCAUGAGCAACACCUACACCACGCUGACGCCGCUCCAACCGCUGCCACCCAUCUCUACCGUGUCCGACAAGUUCCACCACCCUCACCCUCACCACCACCCUCACCACCACCACCACCACCACCACCAGCGUCUGUCGGGCAACGUCAGCGGCAGCUUCACCCUCAUGCGCGACGAGCGCGGGCUCCCGGCCAUGAACAACCUCUACAGUCCCUACAAGGAGAUGCCGGGCAUGAGCCAGAGCCUGUCCCCGCUGGCCGCCACGCCGCUGGGCAACGGGCUAGGCGGCCUCCACAACGCGCAGCAGAGUCUGCCUAACUACGGUCCGCCGGGCCACGAUAAAAUGCUCAGCCCCAACUUCGAGGCGCACCACACUGCCAUGCUGACCCGCGGUGAGCAACACCUGUCCCGAGGUCUGGGCACCCCGCCCGCGGCCAUGAUGUCGCACCUCAACGGCCUACACCACCCGGGCCACACUCAGUCCCACGGGCCAGUGCUGGCACCCAGUCGGGAGCGACCGCCCUCGUCCUCCUCCAGCUCGCAAGUGGCCACGUCGGGCCAGCUGGAAGAGAUCAACACCAAAGAGGUAGCCCAGCGCAUUACCGCCGAGCUGAAGCGCUACAGCAUCCCGCAGGCGAUCUUCGCGCAAAGGGUGCUGUGCCGGUCUCAGGGGACUCUCUCUGACCUGCUCCGGAAUCCAAAACCGUGGAGUAAACUCAAAUCUGGCAGGGAGACCUUCCGCAGGAUGUGGAAGUGGCUGCAGGAGCCGGAGUUUCAGCGCAUGUCCGCCUUACGCCUGGCAGCGUGCAAACGCAAAGAGCAAGAACCAAAUAAAGACAGGAACAAUUCCCAGAAGAAAUCCCGCCUGGUGUUCACUGACCUCCAACGCCGAACGCUCUUCGCCAUCUUUAAGGAGAACAAACGCCCAUCGAAGGAGAUGCAGAUCACCAUUUCCCAGCAGCUGGGCCUGGAGCUCACGACUGUCAGCAACUUCUUCAUGAAUGCCCGGCGCCGCAGCCUGGAGAAGUGGCAGGAUGACCUGAGUACAGGGGGCUCCUCGUCCACCUCCGGCACUUGUACCAAAGCAUGAUGGGAGGACUCUCACUUGGGCACAAGUCACCUCCAAAUGAGGACAAUAGAUAGCAAAAGAAAACACAAAGGAAAAAAACACCGGAUUCUUAGCUGGGGCCCUUCACUGGUGAUUUGAAAGCACAAUUCUCUUGAAAAGAAACUUUUAUUCUAGCUGUAAUCAUAGGCCAGGUGUUCUUUUGUUUUGCUUUGUUUUGUUUUUAAUGGCUAUGUAGUCCAAGUACAAGCUGAAAAUUCAUCUUUUGAACCAGACACUGUCCUCUGAGUAUGCUAAGCAUCCCAGAAACCCAAAUGGGGCCUGCCUGGAGUGAGUUAGUAAUUCUAGUAUGAUGUCAGCCAAGCUCAGGAUUGCUAAAAAUGUCAUCAAUCCCACUUUGGGUCCUGACAACCUCUUACAGUCAGAGUUCCCACAAGUAACAAUGGGAAUUUGGCCUAUGUAAGAACUCCUGAGUUUAGGUUUCCAAGAUGCUACCAUAAGAAAAGAUUGUGACAACAAGAAUGACCUCAUUUGCUUUCUAAGUGUUUGGCCUCAUUCUACCACAGUACACCAAAAUUCACAGCCAUAACAUAAAAAACAUCAGAAUGAUAAUUACUGAGCACAAGUUUUAAAUGUGGAAGAAAAAAAAAAAAACCAAAAAUCCAAGGACUUGUUUUUCCAACUCAGGCAUCUUUUCAUCGAAUGGUUUGGAAUGUUUUAAGUUCAUCCAAUUUGCAAUUUUCUUUUCUUUACCUCCUGGAAAUCUCACAUGGUCUUGGAUCCGUCAAAAAACAAAUCAGUUCACUUGAGCUCAAAGUAUCAAGCACAACGUAGAUAAACAGAAGUAAAGAAAGUUCUGGAUUCACCGCAUCGGGAUUUUCAAGACACCUAUUGUGAAGUCAUUAGGGAAUCAUUGGGAAUAUGGCUUCAAGCACAUUUUGCAGUUUGCUACAAAUUCUGUUUGUACAUAAUACAGACGCACACUCAGGAGGCCAAUUUAACUGUUACGGUGCAUAGAGCAAAUGCAGCAUUUUAAAAGAUCUAGAUUUUUUUAGAUCAUUAAUAUAUCCUUCUUGGUUUAUCAGUCAUCUGGUUCCUCCUAUUAUGCAUCACAAUCACCAUGUAAUUCAUUCUUACUCUUUCUGAUUUGGGUUAUUCCCUCAUCCAUCCUAUUAGUAAGGAUGCUUUUGGUGUUUUCUAGCAGGAAAAAUCCAUCAAUCAAACCUCCAUACAUGUUAUUCAUGACUCAUCCAGUCAUAACUCUCUUCCACUGUUGAAUCAUCCUUACAAAACAGCUUAAUAAAUCUGGAUAAAACACAGCACACCAAAGAAGCAGAAUACUGCAAACCAAAGACAUGUAUUACUUGCCAUUUUCUAGCCUAAAAGUACUGUGAUUACUUUUAGAAAUCAGAAAACCUCUGCAACUCCUGAUGGCAUUCAGCUCUUGCAUUUGGCUCACUAUCGGGCUGAGCGGACCAGCUGUGCCAAGGACGUUAUUUAGCCAUGCCACCCAGGGAGUGGUCUUGCCACACCAGCUCUGGUUCCUGGCUUUCACCUUCUCUUAGCAAGUGGAAGAGUGCCCACAGAAUUCUGAGAGAUUGCAAAGGUCACAACGUGCAUAUUUACCAGUGAAUGGCCCCAGGUGGGCACCAUGGGGGUGUUCAAAGCAAGCCAAACACUGCAAUGAUUCUUUACAGACACUUGAGACUGACUUUUUUAUGAAUUACUUAAUCGAAACCAAAGAAACUUUUUCUGCACCUACUUCUGCAACAAACAAAACUGUCCCAUUAAAAAGAAUAAAUAAAUUCGUAAGUCUAUGGAAAUCACCACCAACAAGAAAGAAGCACGCCAGAAAAACAAAAGUAAAACAGCAAGACACACUGUGUUCAGACAGACCUCUUGGGACAAUUUUUUGGAAGCAGAUUUUUUAAAAAAGGGUUGAGACAAAGAAAUAAGGAAAAGCCUCCGUGGCUGCUGCUUCAUUCGACAACUCACGUGGUAAUCUUAAAGUUGAAGAUUGUCUUUAAUUUGUGCCUAUGCAGUUUUUCAAAAGAACACGGAACAGAGCAACAGAAACCUCAACAGCUACAAUACCAAAGAUGAGGAUUUCUCAUACCUUUUGUUUCAGUUCAUUAUCUCUUCUUGCCUGGCUAAAAUACUAAUAGCGCCAUUGAUCUGUAUAAAGGUAAUCAAUUACGUUUCUCUGAGCAACAAAAGGAAAAGGUCAUUUAUUUGAUUUUAUUGUUUCCCUUUAGGUUUGUUUUAUGGCUUUUUACCCCAACAUGGAAUCUCUCAAAAGGGUCCAUGGACUCCAAGUUUAAGAUGUUGGGAUAUUGAAAAAUUCUCUUCCCUCUGCUCACAGAGGGUGGGGAAUUACAUUGUUGCUUGAAUGUCCUUUGCUUAACCCUUAGACUUGGUUGUAUGGGUUCAGAGUCUUAUCAUCAGGGGAGGGAAGGGAGCAAGGGUCAGGGGUAAGGGUCUUGGCGAUGCAACCUCUCCCAAGCCACAGAACCAAAGAGUUUAUAGAGGUAUUUGCAGCCUCAUCUUCAUGUGAUUUGCAUCCUAACAGGGCUUCAUUUGGGUGUGGGGGGGAAACAUGUAAAAAUAAUUGCCAGUUUCUACUUUUCUAUUAGCUUUUUAAAAAUCAUCUGUAAAGUUGCAUUUCUAAAGAAAGAGAUAUAUAAUAUAUGAACACAUAUAUAGAUCAACUUAACAUUGGUGAUAACCCAAAAUUAUUGCUGUCCAAAUUCAUGUCUUGUUUUUGUCAAGUGCUUCAUUUGUUAAGAAUUCAGUUCAGAAUUGUUCUCAUUUCCCAUGCCAUUCUAGAGAUAACUUGCCACUGUGGAUGAUUUGGAGUAUUCAGAUAUCUAUGAAAGUUUCUGGGAAAGGUUUAAAGUCAAGUUCAAGCAUCUCAACAUUUAACCUGUGGAUAAAUGGAUCCAUGGUAUCAAAUGAGUUUCAUUUGCACUUGGAGUCAUCUCUGUUCUAUGCCUCAGCCUUGGUCAAGGUGGUGAGCAAGCCACAUACAUAAGACCUGGCCAGAACUGGGCCCUGACAUGGGGGUGUUCAUCUUCUGAAACUGCUGGGAAAGGCCAGUGGUCCAUUUUCACCAGCUCUGAGAUAUGAGGCCAUCCCAGAAAUCUGUUCUCCAGGAGCUUCCCUGUCCCGCCUGAGUGUCCCAGAUCCCCCUCAGUGAGUAGCUCCACCAGAGGGACUUCUCGUAGGGGGUCCAGCUCCUGUUGCAAUGGGUUGAUCAGGCUUCCUCAGGGUGGUAAUUACCAAUGUGUAUUGACAAGCCUGUGUGCAACCAGGCAGUAGUGUUGCUAGGGGUGGGCGGAGGGGAUGGUCUCAAUCCUGGCGGGAAAAUAUAAAGCAGGUUUUGGGAAGGCUCCCGGAGUCCUGCUGCUGGAGAGCCCUGUUGUCAUUCUUUGUGCUGCUUACUCAUUCCCACUCCCUUGGCAGGGACAGCAGCCAUUGGAGCUGUCAGAGAAUGUGGCUGUCUAUGAUUUUUGUCAUUCAUCAUGCCUGGGGGAUUAUUCCCUGACUUUGCUCUUGUGUCCCUUUGUCCCUUGCUCAUACUCUGUGUAUCCUUUGUCAAAGGACCAAGACAAGAGCAUAUUUCAGCAGAAGUGUUCCCAUGCGGAUUGAUUGCAUCUUGGGUAUUUAUAGAUGAGUCCUUGUGACUUGUGCCAAUGGAAAUAGUUGUCCGUCUGGAGAUUAGAUUGAGUAAUGGAGCCUGCUUGAUUUGGUCAGUGAUUCUUUAAUACACUAAUCUCAGUAUUGGAGUGUCUCUGGCAUCCUUUGAAGAUGUCUAGGAUCAAAAGAGGCUGAUCUUGUGGCCUCACUUUUCAACACUGGUCAAAUCAGUUCUCUGGUAAUCAGAGGAAGAUGCCCUAAUGUAAAAGAAGGCAAGAAUUUUCCUCCCAGGACUUCUGAUGAAGUGUCUCAUAGCAGAUAAUGUCAUACUAGAAAGAACUGCUUGCUUUAAAAAAAAAAAAGUAUUUGUAUACAUGUAUAAAUAUGUGUAUCUAUCCAUUUACAUAUUAAAAUUUUAAGCCCUGAAGAAUUUUAAUUCAUUAGAAAUCUGAAAGAAAAAUUUACUAUAUUGAAAGGUAAUGGAAUUUAACACAGUAAGUUCCCUCAAGAAUUUAAAUUUUAUUCUAAGUUCAUCAUUUCAGAAAAAAAUAACCAUUUGGUCUUAUUAUAGUUUAUGAUCCAUUUCCUCAAUCCAAGAAAAAUUCCAGGCCUUCCUCUGCCAUCAGCAACAAAAGCGACAAUGUGAAGGAGCAGUUCUCAACCAAAUUUCACAUUCUUCCAGCCACAGAAACCCCAAAAUGCCCACAGUUAUUAAGUGAAAAGAUAUUUUUAUUUAUUCCUUUCUAUAAAGAGGCUUGCUUUAUUUUUGUUUCAAUGUAAUUUUGGUAUUAGGAACAUAAAUUCUUUCAUUUCAGGAAUAAUAAACAAACACAGAGCCAAUGCAUUUCUUUUUAAAAGGAAAACAGCAGCAACAACAAAGCCUCAACACCAUUUAAAAGCUUUUCCAAAAUGUUAAAGAGUGUUGAGGUUGUAUCACACGUGAAGAUACAAAGUAGUCUGAGCCAGAAAGUGUGAUGCUUUCUCUGGAGAUACCCAAAAAGAGUUGUCACUAUAGCUCCUUUCCCCUAAUACCCACGAGCUCUUGGAAAUUGUGGGCUUAAGCAAUGAAAACCAAUUUGUAUUUCAAGCUAAAAUAAAAGCAAAACUAGGAAGGCAAAUCUGACAAACACAAUACACACAUAUGUAUUUUCCAAAUCAAAUAAUGCAUUCCAAAGCCAAAUAUACAUUGUCUUUUAAAUGACUCUGUCUAUGCUGGGCACCCACCUGUUAGUGCCAGUAAGUUAAAGUUUAACCUAUUUUCUUUUUAAAAAAAAAAAAUCACUAUCGCCUGUGUAGAGAAGGAAACUUUCCCACUUUUGAAAAUCUAGGAUUUAUAGGAGUGUCUGUUUGAUCUUCAAUACCAAAGUGUCAUGACAGUCUGUCUUUAUAGUGCACUUGGAUUGUCAGGAGGUUGUAAAGUUGGAUUUUUUUUUUUUUAAUUUUUGGGGAUUCAUUGAGGGUACAAUAAGCCAGGUUACACUGAUUGCAAUUGUUAGGUAAAGUCUCUCUUGCAAUCAUGUCUUGCCCCCAUAAAGUGUGACACACACCAAGGCCCCACCCCCCUCCCUCCGUCCCUCUUUCUGCUUCCCCCCCCCCCAUAGUAAAGUUGGAUUUUUAAAGACCUAAGAACAACAGGGUAGUUUCCAUUGUUGUUGAAUAAUAAUGGACUCUAUUAAAAACUGGAGAAAAGGAGAUGAUACAUGUGGUCAAGGUUGACCACAAGGCUCAGACACAAAUACUUUGAUGAUAACUCUCUAGAUUCCUAACAGAUUAGGGCCGACUUCUCAUUGUUGUUGUUACUGAUGCUGUGUGAUUCUGACUUAUUAGCCUAAGCAGGAGGAAUGAGUAGAAAUAAUAGGCGAAGAAGGGAUAGAGCUGGUAUUCCUAUAACUUUCUGAUACUUAUCUGCAAAACUGGAUAGAUUGAUAAUCUUAUACCCUUAGCUAAGACUGAGUCACCUCUGCAAUAGCAUGAGAGUCUAGUUUUAAAACAAGGCCACAAAAAUUCUUACUAAGGGAAGAAUGGCACCCCAGUUGGUUGUAUAAAUCUCAGAAGAUAGUGACAUUGGCUUUAAACAUGAAUGUCUCAGUACCUAUUUUCUAUCAAUAAUUUGUUUCUUUCCUAGGUGGAGGGGGAGAGGGUAGAAUUUAUUUGUUUUUAGAAAGUCCCAGAAUACUUAUAAAGUGCAAAAAUACUCAAGAUUAUAAUAUAUAGGACCUCACGUUAGUAGAUAGAAAACUUAACAUUGAGGCUGAUGGACUAUUGUGUGACUCCUGCAGGACCUUAAAUGCUUGCUUGAUGUUCUCAGAUACCAAAUGACUAUGACAGUCACACGGCCAGAGCAGCUUUCCUUAGAGGCUUUUGAGUUAGAUUGAUGGAAUUGACCAGCUAAUACCUUUUUAGUGGAGAAAACGUAUAUAAAGUAAAACACAUUGCUACAGGUAUGUCCAUUUCAUGGGUGUCUUCCACUCUGCUUCAUUUUUAGCAGCAAGCAUUUCACACAGCAUAAAUUUUGGUAGAUAAGUUUGCCUAAAGCUUAGACAGUCUGUCCAGCUUGGAUGUAAACAGAUUUAGAUACCUGAACAUUUCUCAUAGUUGUCUUUAUAGCAACACAUAUCACCUGUUGGUGUCUAGAUUGUGUUCAUGCAAGUGUAUACAGACUUGCUUAAUGCUAUAUACUGUAAUCUGUUACAAUAAAUGCAUUUUAAAUCAUCAUUUAACAAAUACAUGGUACUUCUCCAAUAUAUAUUCUUUUUUUUCUUUUGGUUUUUAAUUGUAACAUUAAAAACCAAAGUCCGGGGGUGGGGGGGAACCAUAUCCCAGCAUCUUCACUGUGUACACUUGGAAUUAUUUUCAUUUGGGCAUGUCCAAGAUAAAUUCAACUUUCAAGAAAUCUUGUAUAUUAUUUAGUCAUCUAUGUUAGAAAGACACCUAUGCUUGAUAACUUCGGUUAAAUAGCUUUAUUCUGGAUCUCUCAUAACUAAGCUAAAUCCAAAGACCUGAAAAAGGACCCCCCCCCCCCAAAAAAAAAGAAAGAAAAACAGUAAGGAAAAGAAAAAAAAAUAGCAAAGUCAAGCUCAAACCAAUGGGGAGAGAGAGUAGGCUCCAGUUUCCAUGAUUGAGACAACAGUGUGUUGUGUUGCUAGGGUGGGGAGCAGUGAGAGAGGUAGUGGUGGGUUUUUUUUCACGCUUGUCACAUCUAUAUGGUCUUUAACACGAGCGAGCUUCCAAAGUUAUAAUUUCCUGCUUUAUUCUCAUUUAAAGUGUGGGAAAAGGUUAUACAUUUUGUCAGUCAGGAAAUGAAGACACCCCCCCCCAAAAAAAAUAUUUUUUUAUCUUAUCUCUUUGGGUUAUGACCCCACAUGCUACGUACCAGUAAUGUAAUUAAUUUAUUUAAAUUAGUUUUGAGUACAUUAAUGUGUAGGAUUUGGGCAAGUAUUUAAUUAUCCUUUCUUAGUUUGUGUUUACCCCUUUGUACUUAUUUAUCAAAACCCAGACCAAUGGUGCAUCAGAGAUGCAAAAUCCUAUUUAGAAUACCCUCGAAGUUUAGUUUGCUUUACAAAGCCGUGAAAUUCUGUUACAGACAGGGAAAAAGUACAGGUUACGACAAAAGAAUUCGGGGUAGUUUUCCUUCUUAAAUUAACCUUAGUCUAACUAACAAUUAUUAAAUUAUUUAAGUUCGCAGCCCCACCUGGUACCAGGCGAACUUCACCUCCUAAUUAUUAUUGUGGCCCUCAGAGGCUUCAUAUUGUAACUUAUUUAUUUAACUUAUUCAGCAUCUGUUAGAGGUGCACUGUAUAGUUUAUAUUUUUUAUUUAAAACAACAGAGAGCACUACAGUUUGUUUGCUGUCAGAACAACAGAGCAAAUUUUGUGGACAAGCAAUGACUAUAUUCAUCCUGAACCAGUGCAUUCAGAAAACGUAAGCCGAGACCCUGCUUCACCAGCCUGGAUUUCGGGGCUUCUAUACAGAAACUGGAAAAAAAUAAAUUUUUUAAAAAUCAUACAUGAAAAGAGAGAAACCCUAAAACUAGCUGCUUCCAAGAAUGAACUCUGUGUGUGUGUAAAGCAACAAAACAAAAAAAGGAAAAAAAAAGCAGAAAAAGGAAAAACUUUCUAUUCCUAGUGAGAACCAAAGAAGGCUACCUCACUGACUUUUUCCAUUUGUAAUUAUAAUCGUGUUGAUGACACCAAAGAUACCAAAGAUUUCUUUCUCUGUGCGGUCUGCAUUUUGCUUGUGCUCUUUUAUAAUUUGAACUAUUCUCUCUGACAUAUGGUAUGUACAGCCACAGCUCAGAUACCCCAAAGAAAUAAUUAUCUAUGCGACGGUGGCUGCUGAUUUGGAAAGGGAUAUUUUCUGUGUUUCUCUCAUUUGUUUGCUGUCCCCUCAACCCGUUUGGGGUGCAAGUUCAGAUGCUGCUGCAAUUGGAUUCCUUAAAUUCUGAUCCCAGAUUGGUGAAGAAAACUGGUUGGAAAUGGCCUUCAGUCCUAUCCAUGACUCCUGCCCCUGCUUUGGAGCAACAGUUGUAAAUAGUUCUAAUUAUUGAACUGUAGAAACUCUGACCAUUGAAUAGUUGAGCUGGAAGGGACCUUAGGAAUCAUUUAGUCCAAGCCCCUGUGGUCUGGAGAAGUGAAAUAGUUAUCCAGGUCAAGUUAGUAACUACCCAGAGGCAAAGCCCACCCAAGCCUUCUGGACCCUGCCCAGUGUUCCGCGUGUUAUGUGGGAUGACCUCUGCAUGAGCUGUGUCAGACGUCGGCAAAUAGGAAGUGGCAAUCCUUUAGCAAUGGGCAGGAACUGGGGCUUGUCAUUUAACAUUGUCAUCUGGUAAAAGCAGUCUCAAGCAUUUUCAAUAUCACGUUAGUAUCUCAACAUAGUCACAUAUGAUCAGUUGCUCAGUAAAGGUGGCCUGCCUUGAAAGAUCAGGGCUCAUACAGGGAGUUUUACCCUAGGAAGUACAUAUUGAUCCAAAAAAAGUGUGAAGGCUUUUGAACCUCCUCAUUACAAAGUGUUAUAUAAAUAAGCUUUUGAUUUGGUGGGAGGAGAAAGCUCAUUCUUAGCCUGUUAACUUUGAUGAUUACAGAUAUUUUAAAGUCAGUAUUUAUCAAGAAAGGGAAUUUGGUCACCAUUUGCACAUGUGGUAUUUAAGCUCUUCAGCUGUUUCCUUUUCAUUUGUAGGUAUUUAUAUUUAAUUUCUAAACCAACUGCGUAUUUAUGAGAGAAGUUGAAGCCUUAUAUCAUCUGAUGUUAAAGGGUUAUUCCCUGUAAAUGAAAAAUGACUCCAAAAUUUCAGAGGAAUGGAUAUGCCAGUUUAAAAAACGGUUACUUACAAAGUUGCUUCUCUCUUGGCAUCUGACUCAUGAAAUGAAUUGGUCUCUUUAAGUUCCUUUUUAUUCCAUUAAGUGAUUAAAUCACGAUCAAGAUCCAUUCAUCCAGGUGAUUUGAAUGUUAGCUGGUGAGUCUUUCUCAAUAUUCGACCAGGUGGGUUUUAGACACAUAAAAAGAUCCACCCAUAGUCUACAUAGCUCUGGAUUGCAUACUAGUAUUUUGUAUUUCAUGUAGUGUAGUUAUCUUGGAGCUUUUUAAGAGUCCAUUUAGACAAAGAAGCUAAGAAAGGAAAAGACCAAGGAAUUCCUCAGGUCCAUGCAUUAACAGAGCGUAGCUGACAGAGGACUAGAGAAGACAGAUUGACACUCUGUAGGAAACACUUUUCCUCUUUCUGAAGUUGCCAAGCAUCACCCUGACCUGUGGUUGAAGUUCCCUGCAGUCCAAACAAGCUCAAACCCCCAUUUUCUCCCUAUACCAGGCAAACCUGUAAGGCCUUUCUUCCAAACAGCAAAUUGCUUUGGUUUUCUUCCUAAAUUCCUGUUGGAAGCAGAGUUCUCAGAAUACCUGGGAGACACAGAAAAGAUCACCUAAUUCACUGAGCAGCAGAGCGCUCCCUGUAAGCAAACGUCACCUUCCCCACACCCUUUACUGCCACACCCCUACGAGAGAGGAUCUAGAAAAAGCGAUGGCAGCCUGAACACAGAAAACAUCCCCAGUUGGCAGACCCCUCCUCAGCAAUCCCCCUAGCCUCAUGCUUCACUUGCAAAGUGUGACAUAACCACGGGACGAGUGCCUUGCUUGAACCAAAGCAACGAUUUAGCCAGUCUGGACCUCUCUGUGCUUUUUUAAUCCUUCCUGUGAAUACCUCAGCUUCAACUGGGCCUCCAUAUGUCAAUUGGUUGGCUUACUGUACUGUGGUGCUUUGCAAUGCAACCCUGCAAAGAACAAGAUUUAUACUAAUACCAAAGGUUCUUUCUCUAUCUCUCCUCCUCUGCCUCCCCCAUUCUUCCCUUUUUUUCUAGUUCUUCACGGUUCCAAAGCUUUACUAUGAACCUGGGCAUGUUGGCAAUGCAGACCGCGCAAUUCCUUACCGAACUUUCUCAGAUAUACCUCAUAGAUAAUAGUGUUUAGAGUAAUGUUAUUAUAGCGUAUGUAAUAAAUGAUUCACUGUUUCUUUUGGUAACUGUGAUUUUAAAAAAGAAAAAAGAAAAAAAAGCUUUAUACGUUUUAGGUUGUGCUUUUGUAAUAGAUGAAAAGGUGCGCUUAAAAAAAAAAAUGUAUGUUCUUUUUUUCCCCCUUUGGAUUUUAUUUAUUCUGGAUUGGGGAAAGUUGCAGAAUGAGCCCAAAGUUUACAGUUUCAUAUUUUGCUGAAGAAACAAUCUGUGUUCAUUUGCUCUGUUGAAAAAAAUAAUUAUUUUCUAUCUUUGUGCUACUUGGUCUGAACAAUUAAUUGUUCUGUGCUAACAGUGUAGUAUUAUAAUUAGCAACUGCCAGUCAGUGAUAUAAUUUUAUGCAUGAGGCUAAAAAUUUAGCGGUGUGAUGCAUUGUGGUCCUAAUAGCGACAUUUUUCAUUUUGAACUAGAUCUUCCCCUUUGGUUCAAUGGACUUUAUUUACGCAUGGGUUCCUAUUGUUUGUUAGCAGUUGUGGAACAGUUGUGUAUACAUUAAACUGUGAAAAUGUACACAGUUCAACCUCGGACUGUGGUAAUAUUGGUUUUACUGGGAGAUGUCUCAUCUCAAAAAUACCUUUACAUCUGUGGGAAUCUCGAAAUGAGUCAGAUCGAAUUGGAUUCAAAUUUUGGAAUGAGAAAGGUUAUUCUAAGUUUGAGCUAGCCAACCUGCAUUCCACAAAUUGAGGCCCUCAUGAGAUAAUAUCACUAUAUCCUAGAUGGGUUUGAAAAUAAGAAAUGAAGCAAGUCACCACUGCAUUUUUAAUUUUCACUAAAAGAAGUGUUUUAACCUUAUGUUCAUGACCUUAGACCCAACUGGCCAUGUAUUUGGAGAUGCUAAUUCAUCCAGCUCGGCCCCUCGUGGCUCUCUUCUUGAGAAUGGUUAUUUUUUUUAACUAUGUGUGGUUUCUUCUAAUGUUUUUGUUAUUAGGUCAGUUCCUCGUAGAAACUCAAAUGGCAUUACUAUCAAUAAUCCUUCUCUGAUAUUUUUGUCCACCCUCCUGGACAUCCUCACCAAUUGUUCUGGUGAUUUGGGCAAAAAUGCAUGGCCAUUCCCCCAAACUUGACCUGGGCAGCUAUAUUAUGGUUCUUCCUCCCAGAGUCAGAGGUGACUCGAUCUUACUUUUUACCUGCCCCAUGGUACAUCUACCUUCUAAAGGGGAAUAAAAGAAAAAGUGUUGGGAUCUGGUUUAGGAAAACCAACUUCCUUAAAUCCCCCAAUUAUCUGAGGUCUCUGGAUCUCAAAAAGUAUUUUUCAGUGGCAGCGGAUUGGGCAAACUUGUUCUUAUUUGGGUUCUAAGAUCCAUUGUCAAGUUUUAUACCUAUUUCCCAAACAGUAUGCUUGACGUGAAGCCAAAUCAACUGCCAAGCACACUUUAUUUUGCAUAGGAGAGUGCAGCUUAGGAAACAAUGGUAGAGAAGCAGCCAUCUGCUAUGCAAAAUAUUGGAAAUCACUGACAGUAGAGCAUUCAUAUGUGUCAGUGAGAAUAUAUUGGGAAUGUGCUCUCAAUAAUACAAAGAAACAUGUUUUCAUUUGGCCUUAUAAGGUAGAUUGCGAUAAUGAAAGCUCUGUAAUAUAUGGUCUUUUUAUUUUUCCCCUUAUUAAUCUGCCAAAGAUGGGAAUGGAUACAAACAUUUUAAAAUUGGCUUUUGUAAGACAUUGGAUGAUUGUAAUAGUGUUUACUCUUCCAGAAAGCUUUAUAUGUUCUUCCACAAUAAAAUGGAUAUUUAUUUCAGUAAAGUUCUCCUCCCAUACAAACCCACAGACUGUUUCUCUUCAUGUAGAUUUUGGAGUAUCUACAAAGUUCAAGUGCAUUUUUUGAUCCAAAGAAAACAGAGGGGUGUUUGAGACAUGAGCAUGCCCAGCCCUUUUUAUCACAAGCAACCAUGAGUCCGGCUUACUAGGAUUUGCCAAGAAGACUUGUCUAAUUGAAUCCAAGGUAUAUUUUGUUAGACCAUUUUAUGUCCUUUUUUUCCUUUAACAUUGUGGAAAGUGAUAUGUUGAAUCAAGUGUAAGCUGAGUUUUCCAGACAACUGAGGUAGCUACAUCGUAAUUGUUAUUUUGUUAUUAAAGGGUUUGUACUCAAUGCUUUGUGCCAAUGGCUAUCCUUUUCCUUGGAGACAUGGAACUGUAGGAUUACCUCAGCUUGGCCUCUUUUUUCUCUCCCGCCCUCAUGGGAGGGAUGUGGGCCUAGCCUGGGAAAUGGCAGGCCAUGGGCUAGAAGGUAGGUUUUGGCACUAGGAAGAGAUUUCCCUAUCUGUCAGCUUUAAAGAGAACUGGGCCAAAACUCUCUAACCUCUUUCUCUCUGGACCCCAACACUUUUCUGCCAUCCCUUGGCCUUGAGCACAUGCCAGCACAAAGGCAGACCCCAAUUCCUAUAGGAAAGGCAGGAAAAAGAAAACAAGCAACUUGAGAUCUUGUGUGAUCCACUCAGACACUCACCUUUCCCAUGUCGGGCUCCACCCAGCCAAGGCUAUGGCAGCUCAUCGGCCUGGUGUUACCUGGGACAUCAGAGGAGGCAUCUUCUUCCAUCCUGACUCUCAAACCGUUCAGGUUCCCUCCAUCUAGUGGGGAUCUUCUACAUAAGCUCCCUUUUACCCAUGCUUUUGGAAAUGGUUAUUUAGGAAAAAAGGAAGGUAUGGAAUGAGGUUUUCUAAUUUUUUUAAAAGUUAUAUUUUAGCUGUUCCCAAUUCUUUGAUCUGGAAAAAUACAAGAGGGAAAAGGGGACCCCACUAUGGCUCCAAGCUUUGCUGCCAUGUUGGGGCUGUGCACAUGCUGUUGAUUUUUUCUAGGGAGACAGGCUGAACCACAGCUACUGAACCAAACAAGAACACUGGCCCAUCGACAGUCAUUUGAUCUCUGCUUGAAAGGCCUAUGCAAAAAGCUGCAGCGUGUGGGAGUUCUCCCCCAUUCCCCUUCCUGUGUCUCAGCUUUGUAUUUAAGAGUCAGCUUACUGUCUGGGAAAGAUUUUUUUUCAGAUUAUGAUAGGGAACCUACCAUCUGGGAAGAAAGGUCCAGUAUCCAAACCCAUUGGAUGGGUGGUCACAUUAUUAACAGAUACUUCCCUAAAGGCAGAAUAUUAUUUGCUUUUUUCACCAUGUUCUUUUGUGCAGCACUAUCCCAAGCGGUGCCAGCAAACUUCUUACCAUAAAAGGUUGUAAAGCAGCCAGCAUAGUGAAAUUUCUGAAACAAAAACGUGAGCUUCACACUGACAAAUUGAUAAAAAGCCACUGAAGUUUGGAGGAAGGUCUGAGAUGAUACAGACAUGAUCUUGGUGUUGGUGUCUCUUCAGUCACCAAAUGUUAUUAACUUCUAGAGCAAUUCAGUCUUUUCUCUCCUAGUCUAGGAUGCUGAAGAACUUCACAGGCAAAGAUAAUCAGGGAUUGGCCAACACUGCAAUUAGUUCUCUUCUUCACCCUUCACUUUUCUCAAAGGUGUUUCCCUGGGCCAGCAAGAAAGAGCUAGGUCAGAUUUUUCAUCGUUCAAAUAUUCAAAUAUUUCCACCCAAAUAAUACUUUAUUAGCACAGGUACCGUAGGUGCUUUCUCAGUGACUUCUUAUAAGAGAAGCUAUCUUCCUGCCAAAGUGAAUUAACACAAGCUGCCAUAUCUUUUCUUCCAUUCUGUUUAGUCCUAAGGAUCUGAGUCAGUCCUGGAUCUUUUCUCACUUUAGUCUCUGGUCUCAAAUGUAUUUAUUUUGGUAUUAAAAAUACCUUUUAAUUUCACAUGCUGGGUUUAGAGCCUUUGUCUGUUGGUUGCUUCAUGGUAUUUAAAGGUGACUACAAUGAGGUGAAGAGAGAAGAAUUUGCCCCAGCUCUGUUUAAAGUUUUAAAAUGGAAAAGAGACCCAUUAUACCACAGGGAAAUGGCUAUAGACCUUGAGCCCCGCUGUCAAAGACUGUGCUCUGCCACCUACCUUCUAGGUCACUGUUCCAGAAGCCUAGCUCUUUAGUAGAAACCCAACUACCUUUAUAGGAUUCUUUCCAGAUCCCAAGAGGACAAGAGAUCGGAGAGUCACGUGCUCACCUCUUGUUUUAGUCCUUUGCUUUUGUAGAUGUUAUCUCCAGGAAAAUCAUAGGGGAAAACUUUAAACUGUUUUUUUUUUUUUUUUUAAGUUAAUCCCUUUAACACCAUCUCUCAUGUUUAAAAUCAGGAAAACACACCCCUAAACUGUAUACUCUCCCACUCUCCUCUGUUUUAAAAAAGAAAAUCCACACAUGCUAACCCACAUUCUUACUGAAUUUUUGCCCUGAGAUGUCUUUCCAAAGCAUAUUCUAAUCCAGAUUUUGCCCCAUCACAGACAUGUUGAAUCAGACUGUGCUAAAAGAAUUUCCAGGGAUGGUCAACAGGGUAUAUGUUCAGUGGCUGCCCUGAAGUCCUGGUAGUGUUGUGGAUCACACUUUGUUCAUGGAGAGGACGCUCAUCCUGUAAUGAGCUCCCAGUCCUUUGGAAGAUUUCUUUGGAUGUUAAUUGCAUUUUCAGUUUUGCUCAUUUCGUACCCCGAUGUUUUGUCUGCAACAUUGCUUACACUGGAUUCUUUCUAUUUUUAUUCCUAUCAUUAAAUGGUAGUGCUGUAAAUUCUGCAAUUAAUGUUAAAUAAACUGCUUUAAUUCAUUGACCAUG